AUGCCAUGGACUCCUCUCCCUCUUCAAGGGGUAUUGAGUCAAGUAUUGGGCGAUCCCUUGCACCGUGAGCGGUGCAUAUGGGUAGGAUAUGACGGGAAUCACUGUCAAAACACUGUGCCGCUUGGCUCCCGGAUAAAUGGAGUAUUGUGCUUUCAGCUGCUCCAGAGCCCUCCGUUAGUGUAUCCACUAGCGCAGGAAAUUUCCUCAGCUGCAAAGCAGUUACUUUGCUUAGAGUGCAGACGCCAUCGCUGUCGAUCAAAAGUGUGGGCCACCCAAUUUUUGCCUCAGUUGGAUCAAGCCAAAGAUGACACGGUUCACUCGGAGCCUCAUGAUUCGGCUCUACUGGUACAUCAAUGGCCAACCAGCAUGUCCCACAAUGUCGCCACAGCCGUUUUCCCCAAUGUGUCUUUCCCAAAGCCGGAAGAGGCCGCCUGGCGAAGAAAUCAACUAGCGACAUACCCCUAG